GGCCGCUGCGGAGGGAUCCGGGGGAGCUGGUGUUGCCGCCCGCCACUCCCGCCGCCGCCUGGCUGAGCCCGGGGUGUCCAGGAGGCUCGGUGGAAGCCGGGGCCAGGCAUGGGCCUGAUCUUCGCCAAGCUGUGGAGCCUCUUCGGUAGCCAAGAGCACAAAGUAAUCAUAGUGGGACUUGAUAAUGCUGGAAAGACUACUAUUCUUUACCAGUUUUUAAUGAAUGAGGUGGUUCAUACUUCUCCAACCAUAGGAAGCAAUGUAGAAGAAAUAGUGGUGAAAAACACUCAUUUCUUAAUGUGGGAUAUUGGAGGACAAGAAUCAUUACGGUCAUCAUGGAAUACCUAUUAUUCAAACACAGAGUUCAUCAUUCUGGUUGUUGACAGCAUUGAUAGAGAGCGACUUUCUAUUACAAAAGAAGAACUUUAUAGAAUGCUGGCUCAUGAGGAUUUACGGAAGGCUGCAGUUCUCAUCUUUGCAAACAAGCAGGACAUGAAAGGCUGCAUGACAGCUGCUGAGAUAUCUACAUACCUCACCCUCAGCUCCAUAAAGGAUCACCCGUGGCACAUUCAAUCCUGUUGUGCUUUGACAGGAGAAGGAUUAUGCCAAGGCUUGGAGUGGAUGACCUCCCGUAUUGGAGUGAGAUAGCUUUUUUACUUUUUUUUUUAUUCCUCCAAAAGAAGAGACUUCUAUUUAUCCUGUGAACAUGUACAUUUUUCUGUACUUUUGGCUGCUGAGGCAGUGACCAUGUUUAAUUUAUAUCAGCCAACUCCUAAGCUGUGCUUGAAUCAAGUGCAGUUGAACUGAAACACAAAAGUAUUUUCUUAACUUUUUUUAAUACACUAAUCUUCCGGUGGAUGAACAUAUGUGAAUCUGUUUUUAGGCAUUGAAAUUCCUCUGAAUAUGUAUUCUAACUUUUUUGAUGGUAGCCUUUUAAAAUCUGUUUUGUCAUUGUCAGUAUUUCAUACUUCCUCUUUCUAAAUAGUUUGUAUAACUUACUAACAUAAAUGAGCACAUUUUAUUUAAUGAUUAAAAGUAGUGAUUAGGUUAACUUUACUCUGCCAUAGCUUUCUUUAACCUCUGAGGAUAACCAUAUCUCCAGCUAGACUUCCCAGAACAUCAGUAGCAUUCUAGCCAGCACUGGAAUUAAUAGUUACGAAUAUGAAUUUUUAAGUCCUUAAUGAGUUAGCUAUAGUUAAUAUUGUGGUGGCUUUUAACCUGGUAUACAGUGGAACUUCUGCCUUAAAAAAAAUCUGUUUCAGUCUCAGUUUCUCUGAUAUGUAGUUCUAGGAGAUGAUUCUUUUACUUGAAAAUACAUCUCUGUACAGAGGAUAAAAAAUUUUGUUAUUAAGUGCUAGAGUAGUCAUUUAGAACUUGAAUACCUUUUUAAAAAUAAAUCUCUCAAUAAUUAAAUUUGGAAUAACAGCAACCAGUGUUACGUGUAGACUUGCUGUAUAUUGUUAAAGUUUUUAAUUCUGUAUACAUGAGCCUUCCUCACCUUUUAGUGAGAAUGCUGUUUUCUAAAUGAAUGCAAAAUCAAAAGGGAAGCCAGAUUUAUAAACAAAACAAUACCAUGGUGCUGUGUCUGUAGACUUCAGACUGAAGCUAAUCUUGACAUUUAUUUACCUACUAUCACAUAUGUUUUCAGACUUUUUGCAGAGAAAUUAUUUUGCCUUAAUUUUUGGUUUUAGUCUUAUUUGCACAAGGAGAGAACUUUUGGCGGUGUUUGAGUUAGAUUCCUUCACCUGAAAUUUGAAAAACAGGUGGUGAAGGAUUGGACCUAGCAACUCUUAAUUCAAUUUGACGGGAAUGAAGUUAGAUCUAUCAAGAUAAUGUAAAGAUACGGAAUUAAUUGAGAACAUUAAGGAUCAAAAAACCUGACCACUAAACGCCCAAAAAGUAUGAGGAUUAAAAAAAAAAAAACAAACCAAAACCAAUAGUGGACACCUAAUUCCUAGUGAAGUCCCAGCAGCAGUCAGGUACCUAACCUGCAUAAAUGCUUGCCAGGCCUUCCAAAAGCACCAUUCUAUACUUCUGCAUGCCUAAAAACCACGUGGAGUCUGGUUACCAGAACCAUUUUGCGAAUUGAUUGUAGGCCUUUAAUGACAAAAUGUUUUUGUUAAAUCUUGUUUUGAUAAUUCAAGCACAUGGAUUUUUCUUUAAUAAAAUUUUAAGCUUUGUAAAUUUCAAUUUGCUUCCAUUUUUACUUGAACAAAACUGAAUGAAAUUUUAAAAGUAUCAACAAAUAUGUUGUUAUAAAUGUUAAAAAGACUUUGAAUACAUGUGGAAACAGUGAUUGGUUAAAUGAAGUUGUAUAUUGUUGCUGGUUAACAAAAGUCACAUUUAGGAGAAAGACUGUUGAGCAUUAAGUAAAAAACUCAGAAAAUAAUGAAAAUCGGUGAAAAGUGUAUGAAAAAGAUGAAUGCAAGGCAAGGUUAAGAUCUGAUAUAAAGCUGCUUGCUCUGAUGUUCAGCUGUUCUAAUGUGCGAAAAUAAGAUUUUUUUUUUGUUCUUAGGGAAGAAAAUCAUAAAUGAAAAAAUAAAAUAAAAGUAUGAAUGAUG